AUGGUCACCUGUCCUAGCUCGAUCAGCACCUGUGACAAUGGUGGCACCUGGGAACAGGGCCAGUGUGCUUGCCUUCCGGGGUUCUCUGGGGACCGCUGUCAGCUCCAGACCAGAUGCCAGAAUGGAGGUCAGUGGGAUGGCCUCAAGUGCCAGUGCCCCAGCACCUUCUAUGGUUCCCGUUGUGAGUUUGCUGUGGAACAGGUGGAUCUAGGUGAGUCGCCAGAGCUAUGCCUUCUGCACUUCCUCCCAGAGAGUGUCACUGACUCUCCCCAGACUUAUCCCUCUAUGCAGAAGAUUUUUGCAGACAUGCGGGGCUUCACCUUCAAGGGUGUGGAGAUCCUGUCCCUGAGGAAUGGCAGCAUCGUGGUGGACUAUCUGGUCCUGCUGGAGAUGCCCUUCAGCCCCCAGCUGGAGAGCGAGUAUGAGCAGGUGAAGACUGCGCUGAAGGAGGCGCUGCAGAACGCCAGCCAGGAUGCGAACAGCUGCCAGGACUCCCAGACCCUGUGUUUUAAGCCUGACUCCAUCAGGGUGAACAACAACAGCAAGACAGAGCUGACCCCGGAAGCCAUCUGCCGCCGCGCCGCUCCCACGGGCUAUGAGGAGUUCUACUUCCCCUUGGUGGAGGCCACCCGGCUCCGCUGUGUCACCAAAUGCACGUCGGGCGUGGACAACGCCAUCGACUGUCACCAGGGCCAGUGCGUUCUGGAGAGGAGCGGUCCCGCGUGUCGCUGCUACUCCACCGACACGCACUGGUUCUCUGGCCCGCGCUGCGAGGUGGCCGUCCACUGGAGGGCGCUGGUCGGGGGCCUGACGGCGGGCGCCGCGCUGCUGCUGCUGCUGCUGCUGGCGCUGGGCGUCCGGGCGGUGCGCUCCGGAUGGUGGGGCAGCCUGCGCCGAGGCCGGUCCUGGGACCAGGACAGGAAAUGGUUCGAGACCUGGGAUGAGGAAGUCGUGGGCACUUUUUCAAACUGGGGUUUCGAGGACGAAGGAACAGACAAGCAUAAAAAUUUCCAUGUGGCCUUGGAGAACGUGGACACCACUGUGAAGGUGCACAUCAAGAGACCCGAGAUGACCUUGUCCUCAGUGUGAGCCCUGCGGGGCCCCUUCACCACCCGCUCCGCCCUGCUCCGGACACAAGGGUCUGCAUUGCGUGCAUUUCAAGAGGUGGCCCCAGGACGCGGGCAGCCCAGGCUCCUGCUGUUCUUGGGCAAGAUGAGACUGUUCCCCCAAAUCUCAUCCUUCUCUUUCCAACUUGGCUGAAACCCACCUGGAGAUGCAGUUCAUGUCCAGGCUCUUCCACUGUGGAACCUUGGGCAAGUCAGUAACGAGCCUGUUUCCUCACCUGCAAAAUGGGUACAACAUUCCUGUAUGAUAUCUCACGCCGU